UGUUAUCCGUGGUACGCUACCGCGGGUUGGUGAGAAGGUUAUGGUAGAAGCAAGCUACAACCCUCAGAUGCCGUUCAAGUGGAAUGCUUAUCGUAUUCAACUUCUAAAUUCGGGCGAUAGUGGCCCACCAGCACCUCAAAAUCACAAUCACCCCACGCGAAAUGCCGGAACAGGUGGUCCGGGUGGUGGCAGAUGGGGUCCGCCAACAUCUAACGACCGUAAUGGUCCUGCUCAUAGGGCAUCACCGCCUCGUCGGCGUUCACCACCUCGUCGCAGUCCACCUCGCAGGUCCAGUCCAGUGCGCAAGGACCCACCUCGUAGGAAAUCUCCACCACCUCGUAGGUCGCCACCACGACGCUCUCCUCCUUCCCGAUCGGAGCGAAGCGAUCGGGACCGCAAACGGGAGCGAAGUGCAAACCCACCAAGUUCUGCACAGUCCACUAGACGCGAUAGCGCUAGCCCACCUCGGCGGCGAGCUAGAAUCAUUCCUCGUUAUGAGUGUCAUCCUCCUCGACCUGUGCUUCUCAAUGAGCAAGUCUCUGUUGUCGGUCUGAGAAGUCGCUACCUCAAGCUUUACAUUCCCUCUGACUUCGCAGAUAUGACAGCUGAAUGGGUUAAAAGAGUUCCAUUGGACGCUUCCAUAGAUCUGACGAAUCCGGUGUCAUUCCACGUCUUCAACAAAGAAGUAGAUUAUCCAUUGCAACCAGGUGAAACCGAGCCUGUGCUAGAGCCUGAAGACGCUGAUCAUCGUCACCAAGUCAAGGUUCUUCUGCUCGCACAUGCUGGAAAGGAGGAGGUACACAAGAAGGCGUUUGGCUUACUUCCCGACGGAUCGACUGACGACACGCACGAGCCUACACCAUUCUUCAAACAGCUGAGCUUCCUCGUUGGUACACGUGGUAAGGAACCGCUAGCCAUCGGAGGCAGCUGGUCGCCCAGUUGCGAUGGAAGUGAUCCCACAAACCCGGCUACUAUCAUUCAAACUGCCAUAAGAACAACGAAGGCUUUGACUGGCGUGGACCUCUCCAACUGUCCGCAAUGGUACGAGCUGGUGCACGUGCGUUAUUACCGCGCGGAUCGUGAACGCACGGAUAGCGUGCGUCUCCUCUUGCCGGACACUCAACUACUUCUCGCUGCCGACGAUGCGUCGGUUGAGGAACGCUGGACCCAAGUGCAGACGGCGCUUCGUGCGCAACUCGACCGCAAGCUGGCCGCUGUUGAUGCACCUCCAGAAGUCCAGGAUCAACCCCAGGCGGACGACAAUUCCGCCAAGGACAAGGAAAGUCGCGAGCGUACUACGCGCAGGCACUCUUUCACUAUAGAUAACUGUUGUGUGUACGAGGAUCCAACCGCAGCUACGCCUACUAAGGAGGCAACAUCGACGACUGGAGAAACUCCCGUAAAAGAAGGUGAAGAAGCUGAAGAUGUUGAGUCGAAAGAAGCGCCAACGCACUGGAGCAAGUUGGAUCCAAAAAUGUUGAAGGUGCCUGAGUUACGAGCUGAACUUGAAGCUAGAGGUUUGGAAACCAAAGGUGUGAAGUCUUUACUCUGCAAAAGGCUGCAAGAGGCCUUAGAACAAGAAAAAGAGAAGGAAGAGGGAGAAGGAGCGGCUCCAACCGGUGAUAUAGAGAUGACUGAUGUUGCCGGUGACGAAGAAGAGCCGGAGAAGAAGGAAGAGGUGAGAAGCUUUCUGACAACAGUUGCUUCCUUUUCUGAGUUUCCUUAUCGACUGGAGAAGAAAUAUGAAGUUACUCCUGAAAACAAGGAAAAGACAGAAGCGGAGCAAAAGAAACUUGCUGAGGAACAAAAGAAGAAGGCCGAAAAGUUGGAGAAGGAGAAGCAAGAAAAGAAAGCAGCUCUUGAGAAGCACUACACAAUGCCUAAGGAACGAAAGGUUCUUGUUUAUCCAUCAAAAACUGCCAAAGGAGGAAAGUUUGACUGCAGAGUGGUGAGUGUACAGUCUUUGUUGGACUAUCGACAGGAUGACAACAAGGAGUCGCAUUUUGAGGUAAAGUUCUCAAAAAAAAAACGGGAAUACUGCGUACUGUCACGGGUUUCUCUCUUCGUGGAAGCUUUCAAAGAGCUUAUG